AUGAAAGAAAUCGAAUCAAGGCAAUAUCCGGCGAAGAAUCCAACCAUGGCCCCCAUUCGACGUGCUAUCAUAGCUUUUGCGCUGCUAGUCGGCAUUAUCUUCUUAUUCCGGCCCUUCUCAACCUCCGAUGCAGCCUACCGAGACGGCUUCUCGCAGGGCCAGAAGCCGCUGCGCAUUCCACCUCAGGCAAGGGGUCGCGCGGGGACCGGACAAUCGCAACUCCCUGUCGGCGAAACGGCAUAUCCGACACUUCUCGAAAAGCUUCGAUAUCAAUACCCCUAUGAUCUCGACAGCAAGUUCCCGGCAUAUAUAUGGCAGACGUGGAAGGACUCUGUCAACUCCAAUUGGUUCCCCGACCAUCUUCGCCCGCUAGAAGCAUCAUGGACCGAGCGAAAUCCGGAAUUCGUUCACGAAGUAAUAUCGGAUGAGGCGGCUGAUCACCUCGUUCAAUAUCUAUAUGGAUCCGUUCCUGAAGUGGUGGAGGCGUAUAAUUCACUACCGGCACCCGUCUUGAAGGCGGAUCUUUUCCGAUAUUUGAUUCUGUUGGCACGAGGCGGUAUAUACUCUGAUAUUGAUACGGAAGCGCUGAAGCCGGCCAUUGACUGGCUUCCGGAUGAUAUGGAUCCGUCGUCAGUCGGCCUUGUGAUUGGUAUCGAAGCUGACCCAGACCGCCCGGACUGGCAUGAGUGGUAUUCACGAAGAAUACAAUUUUGUCAAUGGACAAUUCAAGCCAAACCGGGCCAUCCUGUCCUCCGUGACGUAGUGGCGACUAUUGUCGAGGAUACUCUACGAAUGAAACGAAAAGGUGUCCUGACUAAGUCUAAGAUGGACAAGUCGAUUGUGGAGUUUACUGGUCCUGCCGUAUGGACUGAUGCCGUAUUCCGCUACUUCAACAACCCUGAUUAUUUCCUGAGUGAGGGAACUCGCAACGUGACUUACGAAGACUUCACCGGCUUGACCAGACAGAAGAAGGUUGGUGAUGUCGCAGUUCUGCCGAUUACCAGUUUCAGUCCGGGCGUGGGUCAAAUGGGUGCUCAAGGGCCAGAAGAUCCUCUGGCUUUUGUUAGCCACCUAUUCGAAGGAUCAUGGAAGCCUGAAAGCGAGCGUAUUUCUUAA